AUGGCUACAAGCAAUACCAUGAACUUCGGACCGGAAUGGAUGAGACGUUUCCCAAAGACUCCGACGAGCGACAGCAAUCGUUCCACUUCUCCUACUUCUUUGUCUUCAUCUAAUGUAACGAACAAUUCGUCAACCAUUUCUGCAAGUGCAAAUAUCAAUACAAAUCUUACAAAUAAUACAAAUAGUAAUGGAACAAGUACAUUUUCUUGGUCUUCGGUGGCCGCUGCUAAUAGCAACAAUACUACGUCAAAUCGUUCAAUUCUUAACGAAAUGUCCGAGAAAUCUGAAGUACCCGGUGCGGGUGAAUCUGCAUUAAACCCUUUCAAAUAUUCAAAGGAAUUUAUGCUCAAAUUAUAUAAGCCAGUAGGAUUGCCUUUGGAAUUUGAAAGACAUGAAUAUGUUACAAGUGAGGAAGCAAUACAACCAAUGGCCAUGAUAGUGCUAACAGAACAGGAACAAAAGCUUUUAUCAGGCGUGUCCGUUAAUAGUGAACUUACCCGACGUAUUGUUUCCAAUGCGUCGGUUGGAACGGUUACCGGAAGUGAACGUAUAGAGAGAGAAAGAGUGCCAUUUUCUCCUCGUGGCGAGAAACAUAUUAGUAGUGGACUAACUUCACCCAGAAGCGAACGUUUCGGUGGUAUUAUAGGCGGAGUACUGAGUGGGCGAACAAGUCCUCGCAGCAGUCGUCCACCUAGAUCUCUCAAUUCAACAUCAGUUGAUGAUCCAGGUUGGAAUGGUGUUACACGACAUGCUGUAGGAACUUUUGAUAAUGGGGUUUUCAGAAUCCCUGGAAACAACGUAGAUGAUGAAACUUUAGAUAAAGUUAAGAAAGAGGAUACCGAACGUGGCAAGAAAAUCGAGCAAGAGCUUGAAAAGAAAAAUCCGUCCGACCGAUCAGAUACAAAUUCCUACAAUAAUUCGUCCCAAAAUGAAAUUGUGACGUCCAAAUCAGAACGAAAAGAAAUGAACAAUAAAUCUAUGAAUGACAUUGAAGAUCCCACAAGACAUGAGUUUACGGAAGAUUUGCAAGAAAACACUUUGAUGCAAAUUGGUCUUAAGCAGGAAACACAACAAGAAUAUCAAGUUCAUGAAGAUGAAGUUUUACAAGAUUGGCAAGGUUCGCAAAGCCACCCGAAUCAAGAAACUAAAGGAUCAUCAUUACAUCAGAAUCAAACAGAAUUUCACCAAGAGGAACAAGAUUCGUUUCAACAUGAUGAUGUGUUGAAGGAAGCGUUCGCUUAUUCAAAUUUAGGAGGUAAUACACCACCAUUAUCCCCAACAGUUAAAACUAGUAAAUUUACUUCCGCACAUUCAAAUAUUGGAACUGGUAAUGUUUUUGGUGAUAGCAAUUCUGGGGUCGCAAGUCUUUUUUCUGGUACAGGAAUAAAUGCUGAACCAAGAAAAGUAAUGCCCGAGCAAUAUAAAUGGUUGUACCGUGAUCCAAGUGGUAAUAUUCAAGGGCCAUUUAGUAGUCAAGAAAUGAAUGAAUGGUAUAAGGGUGGAUUUUUUGUUCAUAGUCUUUUGGUUAAAAGGGUUGAAGAUACUGCGUUUGAACCUUUAGGUGCCUUGAUACGAAAGACAGGUGAUGAUGAAAGGCCUUUUUCUGCGCCAAUACCUGGUUCAAGGCCGCCUUUAACUAUUUCUAUGCCUAAUAAUUCAUCACGUUUGGUUAAUGAUCCAUUCCAAAGAUCUUGGGUUGCUCCUAAUUCCCCCAGUACGGCACAGUUGUUUUUGGAUAAUAAUCAACAGCGAUUUAAUCCUUUUGGUGGAACGACUUCGGUGCCAAAUACACCAUUUGAUCGAUAUCAGUUUGGUAGCGUCUUUGGGCGAAAUGACGUUUCUAAUGGGGGCGGAUGGGGAGAUCUGAACUCUUCAAAUAAUGCAUGGGGACAAGCAGAAGGGUUCACACCUAACAACGAAACUUUGUCUCCUCGUGUGCAAGCUCCUAAUUCACCACCUCUAUUUAACAAUAAUGCUGCUUCCUUCAAUGUUUCACCACCUCAAAAUUAUCUGGAUCAUCAACGAGCACUAUCCUCCCAGAUUGAGCGUCAACAAUAUAUGAUGCUCCAACAGAGACAAUUACAACAAAAUCAACAUGCUUAUCCAGACACUUUUAUUAGGCAGCAACAACAAAGUUAUAUAGGAAUAUCUGGGCCUGUAUCUGCUCCUAUUACCAAUGCGCCAAAUCCUCCGUUUGUUGACGCUUUAACGAGAUCUGCAGGUUGGCCAACAACGUCUGCUGAACAACCAACUCCCUUAUCACCAUGGGGAGUACCUGUCGGAUCUACUUCUUCGCGUGUUCCACAGUCAGAUGAGAUCGGAUAUUUCAGUGUGAGAAAAGAAAACAAUAUUGGAUUACAAAAAUCGUCACAUAAUGAUCAGAUUUCUAGUCGACAUAGCGAGAGACAAUAUGACAUCAUGGAUGGAAAUAGUCAAGAUCCGUCCUUUGAUCGUAAAAUUAAUGAUGUGGUUGAAUCUAUUACAAAACCUAUCCUCGGAGAUGAGAUCUCUUCAAAAAAGGUGGAUGAAAAGGUAAUGAGCGAACAAAGAGUUGAACUACCUUCAAAAAACAUUACCAAUGAAAUGCAUCCGCAUUUUAUUCAGAAGGAAGAAUCGUAUCGUUUAAAACCCUCACUGCGAGAGAUUCAGGCUGAAGAGGAGCAACGCAAAAAAAAGCAAGAAAAAGAAAAAUUGGCUCAACAAACUUCCAAUCAAACUAUUGUCAAGACACCUCAACCACUAAAGAAUGGAUUGUCAUGGGGAAAUAAUAGUCCUGUCACUCCUUCAUCGGCUCCAUGGGCGAAAGAUGAUGAUCACGGUACUCACAAAACUCCUUCACUACGCGAAAUUCAAGAAAUGGAAGCUCGCAAAGCCGCUGAACGUAAAGCUGCUGCGGUUACUACUCAUUCCACCGUUAUGAAUUCAAAGGAAGAAAUAACACCCUCAAAUUCUACUUGGGGAAUCAUUGGUCAAAAUUCAUCUAAUACAUCUAGUUCGUCUUCUCUUUCUACUUCUCCUGUUGUUACUACACUAGCAUGGCAGUCAAACAAUUCUGCUCCUAAAAAAACCCUUAGAGAAAUUCAGAAAGAAGAGGAAGAAGCAAUGAAAAGACGUAACAGGAUACGUGAAAUGCAGCAACAAGCUUUACUUGGAUCUAAUUCUGGAGCUGGAUCAGCUGCCACAAAUAGUAUGGGAAAACGCUAUGCAGAUACAGUAGCCACAGCAAAGAAACCCGGAUCCAUUUCUAUGAACACUGCCUGGACAACUGUUGCUAGCAAGUCAAGCAAUCGUGCAAUUACAGCAGUAUCUCCUCAACCUAAUAAUGCUACUAUAAAUGUGAUAAAGCCCAGCGGAAAAGAUUCUGCCGUAGCUUGGGAUAUGGAUUCGCAUAAGGGUAUAAAUGGUUUAAGAUCACAAAGUCAAUUAAACAAGCCAUCAGAAAACUUAAAAAAUAGUAAUAAAGCAACUUCUGUCAACUUGAGUUUGUCAAAGAAUUCAGGCAACGGCGGUGUUAUUAAUGCUAACAAUUCCAAUGAACAUUUUGCACCUCGUUCUCCUUCGGAAGAAUUUUUAAAAUGGUGUCGUCAAACUUUACGUGGGUUGAAUGAUGUGAACGUUGAGGAAUUUAUUCAGAUGUUGCUUACAUUCCCACUUGACCCUCCUCCCGCCACUAUUGAGAUCAUACAAGAUUCGAUUUACGCUAAUUCGUCAACUCUAGAUGGUCGAAGAUUUGCUGAUGAAUUUGUCAAGAGGCGUAAGGCAGACGCUAGUGGUUUGCCAUUAAGUAGUUUAUUGAAUACACAUACAGAAGGAAAAUCAAGCAAAGAAAUAGGAACUAAUAAUAGUAAUACAAAGGAUGAUCAUUCGGUGAAUAGUGCUGGUGCUUUUAAAAUUGUGACCACAAAAAAGG